AUGACAAUAUACAUACUACGUUACAGCAACUCGUGUUGGCUCGUCGUCGUUCUCUUGUUGCUCUCUCUGCGCUUUCCCGUUGCGAUUGCCGUCAAGAGCUGCAUGGGAUCUGGAAUCACUACAAAAGAAGCCUGUGAUGCCGUUUGCUACGGUGGCUACCUAUUCAUCUACGCACCAGAGAGUUGGCACAACAAACUGGAUGUGGUAUGCUCUUGCAGUCGGAGUGGUAAAUACUGCGAGGAUUCCGAUUACCCCCUUCCAGGAACCGGGUCGAACAGUGGAAAUCAAGAUGGUGCGGGUGCUGGGAUGGUCGUGAUGGUGGUGGUGGUCGUGGUGGUCGUGGUGGUCGUGGUGGUCGUGGUGGUGUUUGCCAUUGGCACUGGAAUUGCCCUGUUCAUGCACCAAGCGCAAAAGAGAAGACGUGAACAGCAACUACAGCAGAAGCAAUCUCCCCCGGCUGAAGUUGUUCCUGUCGUGGCAUCAGAGUUGCCACGUCCUCUUGGGGACAAUAAGGUUGAUGCUGCACAUUCGGUGGUCCCAAAAGCCCAGAUAACAUCAACGACGACAACACCUAAAGACGAUGAAGUCUUUCAAUGCUAG